AUGUCGGCGUCGGCGUCUCAACGAAAAACUCUGAGCAUUUCUGAACAGUUGGAGCUCAUCGACGAUGUCAAAGUGAAGAAACUCAAACUGGCCGCUGCAGCCAAAAAGUACGGAAUCGGUUAUUCAACAGCAGCAAAAAGUCUCAAGAAAGGAGACGAUCUCAGAUCUUGCAUGCAAAUGAACGGAAACACUAAUCGCAAACGAAAGCGCCAAUCCGUGCACAAGGACGUUAACGAAGCGCUUACACAAUGGUUUACGCAAGCAUGUGCUCAUGGAGCUACCGUCACCGAUCACGUCAUCAGGCAGAAAGCAUCACAACUGGCCGUAAAACUUGAAGUUGAUUUUCAACCGAGCAAUGGCUGGCUCAUGCGCUGGAAGCAGGCCAAUAACGUUUCGUUCAAAAAAUUUCACGGCGAAUCAACGAAGGCCAUGCACAUGAUGAAGCGAGCACUUUUCAUGGUCAAACCAUAUCUAUUUGACUUUAUCUCGGUCUGUUCAUUAUCUAUCUAUCUAGUGCCGGAUUUACCAUUACGCUUAGGUUUACUUAAGUACAGGCCCCCAUUGUCCAGGAUCUCCAAUCUUCCAUGUUUGUGUAGGCAUUCAAGGCUUACCCCCUUCAGGGCCCAAGUAAGGGAGCUCAUAACUUUACUAGCACAGGGCUUCAUUUUUUAUAAAUACGAAACUCUAUCUAUCUAUCUAUCUAUCUAUCUAUCUAUCUAUCUAUGUCAUUCUGUUCAUUAUCUAUCUAUCUAUCUAUCUAUCUAUCUAUCUAUCUAUCUAUCUAUCUAUCUAUCUCAUUAUGUUCAUUGUCUAUCUAUCUAUCUAUCUAUGUCAUUCUGUUCAUUAUCGAUCUAUUUAUCUAUGUCAUUCUGUUCAUUAUCUGUCUAUCUAUCUAUCUAUCUAUCUAUCUAUCUAUCUAUCUAUCUAUAUUCAUGUUUAUCUGAGUCUGACCAUAUCUGUCUCUUUAUAUCUAUGUCGAAAUACUUUAAAAAUCUAUCUAUCUAUCUAUCUAUCUAUCUAUAG